CUCUCAGCUGUCCUGGUCCUGUUCGGGGUAAGAUCUUUCGACUCACUCCAAUCCAAGCUCUGAAAAUGGCGGAAUCCAACACUGUCCACUCCUCCCUCGUCACAUAUGCUUCCAUGCUUUCCCUUCUCUCCCUCUGUCCACCAUUCGUUAUUCUACUAUGGUAUACUAUGGUACAUGCUGAUGGCUCUAUUUACCAAACUUUUUACUACUUAAAGCAGCAUGGGCUGCAAGGAUUUAUUGAUAUAUGGCCCAGACCUACUGCCACUGCUUGGAAGUUAAUUGCGUGUUAUGCUGCUUUCGAGGCUGCACUUCAGCUACUUCUACCUGGAAAAAGAGUUGAGGGCCCCAUAUCUCCUACAGGGCAUCGGCCUGUAUACAAGGCUAAUGGAAUGGCAGCGUAUUUUGUGACACUAACAACCUAUAUUGGCCUUUGGUGGUUUGGCAUAUUCAAUCCUUCGACUGUUUAUGAUCAUUUGGGAGAAAUAUAUUCUGCCCUUAUUUUCGGAAGCUUGGUGUUUUGCGUUUUAUUAUACAUAAAAGGCCAUGUGGCACCGUCUUCUUCUGAUUCUGGCUCAUCGGGGAACAUCAUAAUUGAUUUCUAUUGGGGUAUGGAACUCUAUCCUCGCAUUGGUAAAAACUUUGACAUUAAAGUUUUUACAAAUUGUAGAUUCGGAAUGAUGUCGUGGGCAGUUCUAGCUGUAACCUAUUGCAUAAAGCAGUAUGAAGUGAACGGUAAAGUCGCUGAUUCGAUGCUUGUUAAUACUAUAUUGAUGCUGGUGUAUGUUACUAAGUUUUUUUGGUGGGAAGCUGGAUACUGGAGCACAAUGGAUAUUGCACAUGAUCGAGCUGGUUUUUAUAUUUGCUGGGGAUGCCUUGUAUGGGUGCCUUCUGUAUAUACUUCUCCUGGCAUGUACCUGGUCAAUCAUCCCGUACACCUUGGAACUCAGUUGGCACUUUAUAUCCUAGUAGCAGGCAUUCUUUGCAUAUACAUUAACUACGAUUGUGAUAGGCAAAGGCAAGAGUUCCGCAGAACAAAUGGCAAAGCUUUGGUUUGGGGUAAAGCUCCAUCAAAGAUAACUGCCUCUUACACCACCACAACCGGGGAAACAAAAAGCAGCAUUCUUUUAACUUCAGGAUGGUGGGGAUUAGCUCGACAUUUCCACUACGUUCCAGAAAUAUCAGCUGCAUUUUUCUGGACUGUUCCAGCUCUUUUUGACCACGCAUUACCCUACUUUUAUGUGGUGUUUCUUACAAUCCUUCUCCUUGACCGGGCAAAAAGGGACGAUGAUCGGUGCCGAUCCAAGUAUGGAAAAUAUUGGAAAGUGUAUUGUGAGAAGGUUCCUUACAGAGUGAUCCCUGGAAUUUACUGAGAAAAUGUUUGUUUUGUUCCAUGUUGAGAUGUGAAUAGCAUCAUCAUCAUCAUCAUGUAUAUUCAUCCUUUCUAGAUUAAAUGAUGCCAGGCUGUUAUCAUGUUGUUGUUGUUGUUGUUAUUAUUUUUGUAAUGGUCAAAUUUAUGGAUGAUGCUGCUGUUGCUGUAUUGCUCUCAUUUUUAAUGACCAAAAACUCUUCUUAUUUAGGAAAA